CAAAUAGAAAGUGACGGUGUGAAUAAUGAACAAAACCGCCACAAACCAUGCCUCCCUCGCUGCUAUCUGCUAUGCUCUGUUCUGGUUUGGUGAGAGUCACCUAACACAGCACAGUAACACUAUUAAAAUGGUGGCAAUGGAACCACUCCAAGGAGAAAGACAUAGCCAUAACCAUAACCAUCAUGGAAACCAUCAUCAAAACCACAGAGCGUGUUCUCAUCUUUCCUUCUUCCCCUCCCUUCCUCAACGACCACUCCCUCCCUCUCUCCCACCUCGACACCGACCGCAACCUCCACCUCACCUUCCGCUACCUCCGCGCUUACGUCACCACCGCCGACACUACCUCCGACCCCUUCCACGUCAUCUCCUCCUCCAUCUCCCAAGCUCUUUUCCACUACUACCAACUCGCCGGCACGCUCCGCCACCGCCAGGACCACCGCCUCGAGCUUUGGUGCGCCGCCGGCCAAGGCGUCCCACUCAUCCGUGCCACCGCGGACUUCACUCUGGAUUCAGUUAACUACCUCGAUGACCCGAAGCCCGAUUUCAUUGAGCAGCUGGUGCCUGACCCGGGACACGAAGAGGGGUUAGAGCACCCGUUCAUGGUUCAGGUGACGGUGUUCAAGUGCGGCGGGUACACUCUCGGCGUGGCGACUCACCACGCGGUCUGCGACGGGAUGGGUGGGGGGCUGUUUUUUAACACGGCGGCUGAGCUGGCUCGUGGGGCGACCCGGAUAACGGUGGAGCCGGUGUGGGAGAGGGAGAGAUUGUUGGGUCCUCGUGACCCGGCCCGAGUGGAUUCACCGUUGAUAGGGGAGUUUCUGGGUUUGGAUAAGGGUAUUUUGCCUUAUAAUGAGGACAUUGGUCCUGUUGUGAGAGAGUGCUUUGAUGUGAGGGAUGAGUGUUUGGAUAAGUUUAAGAAGGACUUGUUUCAACAAUCUGGAUUGAAAUUCACUACUUUUGAGGCUCUUGGUGCUUACAUUUGGAGAUCCAAGGUUAGGGCCUCAGGAGUCCAGGGUCAUGAGAAGGUUAAGUUUGCAUACUCAAUCAAUAUUAGGAGACUAGUAAAGCCAUCACUACCUGCUGGAUAUUGGGGUAAUGGUUGUGUUCCAAUGUAUGCGCAGCUGAGUGCCAAAGAUUUGAUAGAACAACCCAUUUGGGAAACAGCAGAGCUAAUCAAAAAGAGUAAAAGCAAUGUUACUGAUGAGUAUGUUCACUCCUUCAUAGAUUACCAGGAGUUGCAUUUUGCGGAUGGGAUCACCGCAGGUAAAAGGAUUAGUGGCUUCACUGAUUGGAGACACUUAGGCCAUUCAACUGUGGACUUUGGUUGGGGAGGGCCAGUUACUGUUUUGCCACUUGGAAGGAACUUACUUGGGAGUGUUGAGCCUUGCUACUUUUUGCCUUAUUCAACAGCCAGUGCAGGGAAGAAGGAGGGGUUCAAGGUUUUAAUCACUUUGGCAGAGGCUGCGGUUCCUGCUGUGACAGAAGACAUGCAAAUGUUUGCCAGUAUCCAAGAACAAGUUGUUUGAGACUGUGAUUUGAGGGUGAGUAAAGGCUUGGUGUCAAAAUACAAGGGAUUAAAAUCACAUUAGUGGUUAAAGAAAUAAACUUAAGCCAUUGGAUUAACUCAAAAUAAAGAAAGAAAUAGUACUUGUUGGUGUCAAAAAUGAAACUUAACACUUGGUGUCCAAUUGAUCAUAUACAUCCUAUGAAUUUAAAGACCUUCGUAAGGACAAACUCAUCAAACCUUAACCAGCCUGGUUAACUCCAAACCCGAAGUUUAUUGCUUAGCUGUUGUAAAAUUUUCUUGUAUUAUUUACUCAAUGUGUUGAAUAUUGCACUAUGAGUUGUAUUUAGUUAUCUUAUCAUUUUAUAUAUGUUUUAGUUUAGUCAAA